AUGGUCCCAACAUUGAACGACGCGGUAUCGUACUGCGCAGCGUCCCUUUGCUCCCGUUUUGCCAAAGACAGCGGCCUAUGUCUCUUCCACGCAGCUACCAUACAGCAGCAUGCCACCUCGCUGCGUCAGUACCGCCUUUCCAGUGCUAUCAUGUCACUCCAGACGCCUCCGCUUUCAUCUGUCACCACCACUCCCCAUCGUUACCAUGACCUCACAAGCUACCUUCCAUCCAAAUCCUCCAGUGGCCGGUCAUCCCCGCACUCAGACGUUGUUCGCGUCCGCCGCAAACUGUGUCAGGUCGACCAAUGUACAAAGCGCGCCAAGUCCGGGGGUCUUUGCAUUGCGCAUGGCGGAGGGAGACGAUGCGACGUCGACGGGUGUGUGAAGAGCGCCAAGGAGCGCGGGCUCUGCAUCUCGCACGGAGGGGGCAAGCGCUGCCUCGGUAAAGGAUGCAACAAGUCGGCAUUGCUGGGCGGCUUCUGCGUGCACCACGGCGGUGGCCGCCGCUGUGGAGACGGCGGCUGCACCAAGUACGCCCUCUCGGGUGGUUUCUGCAUUGCGCACGGUGGAGGCAAGCGCUGCAACUUUUACGCGUGCCCCAAGAGUGCCGUGAGUGGCGGGUACUGCGUGGCUCACGGCGGCGGCCCCCGAUGUGCCACAGCCGGGUGCAUGAAGGGCGCGGUCACGGGAGGACUGUGCAUCAAGCAUGGCGGUGGCAAGAAGUGUCUGCAGACCGCGUGCCGAAAGAACGCUCGCACCAAGGGAUAUUGCUUUACCCACCUUAAAGCGAUGGAAACCCUUGUGGAUGACCACGAGGGCGAAGGAGACGACAGCGGGGUCGUCGAGCUGUGA